AUGGAGCCUGGUGUGCCGCUUGCUUCGAGAACUUGCCUUGCAUUAUUGCAACAACUGAUUGUUUACGACCCGAAAAAACGAUGCUCAGCAGAAACGGCACUGCGAGAUGAUUUUUUCAUUGGUGACGAUCCGAAUCAGGCGCCUUACACACCGCCUCCGCUGAAUACCAAAAUUUCACAUCGAUCCAAUUUCUUGGAACUUGACUUCAGUAGUAGCCUAGAACGCUGCCUUUGUGGACAUGGAGAGCACUAA